AUGACACAAGCCACCCCGAGCGCGGCACCGCCCAAAAAGCGCUCCCUCUUCAAGCGCCCAGCCUGGCAAGACUCUCCGAAAGACGACGACGCCGACAUCUUCAGCCACUCGAAUGAGUUUGCCGACAUCAUCGCCGACGAGGCCAGGCGGCGCGCAGAGGAAAAGAAGCAGGAAGAGACCCGCCGCGCACGCAAGCACUCGCAGCCACGAGACAGUAAACGUCGGCGAACGUCAGAUUCAGACGACAAGAAGGCCAUCGCAAGCUCGACACUGAAGACAUCCCCCGGACGCAGCAAAACUCCCCUCUCUCCUCUUCCAGUACAAUCGCCGCCGGCCUCGCUCUCUGCCCGAUAUGACUCACUAGCAACGUCCAAUUCCUCAGCCGCCUCGCUGCCACAUAAGGACUCGCCUGUUGUUGAGCUGGAUGAUUCGGACAAUGACUCGCAUAGUAUUCACAAGACUCCCACACCGGUCACUGCCAGCCAUACACAAGACGUGACCGUUCGCAAGUCAGGACCGUCGCCAGUGAUCAUUCUAGACGACGAUGACGAAGACGAGGCAGAGGAAGAAGAAGACUCUAUGUUUGCUGCAUUGAGGGCAAGAGCACGAGCGCGCAUUGCAGCAAAGGCCGCUGCCUCAUCGGCACAAGGCAGUGACGCCCCCAAAGCCCCAAUCACCCAACUUCUCAUUACUUCGCGCAUACCAAACACAAACCCCCUCAUGGUCAAGAUCAGAGUCGACACUUUUAUCGAGAAGCCACGCAAGGCAUGGUGCGCGAAACAAGGCCUUUCCCCAAAAGAUACAGACAAUGUUUUCUUCACAUGGAAGGGCACACGUAUAUAUGACAGCACGUCUAUCACACGCUUGGGCAUCACAGUUGACGACGGCGGAAAUGUGACAGUCGAAGGGGACACCAACAUUUACGAUGACGUCAACCUCCCCAAGAUCCAUGUCGAAGCCUGGACCAAUGAACUUUACAAAGAGUACAAGAAGGAGGAGGCUGCAGCAGCAGCAGCUAAAAUGCUUGCUGCCGAAGCCCCUGUUGUGGUCGAAGAAAGGACUCCUACUCCGGAACCUACUCCCGUGUCCACGAAACUCCGCGUCAUCUUGCGUGCCAAGGGCAAGGCGGACUUUGGCUUGACAGUGAACCCGCACACUACAAUUGCUCAUAUUGCAAGCGCGUACAAAUCCCAAACUGGCGUUGACAAAAACCAACCAAUCACACUCAUGUUUGACGGUGACCGGCUUAUGCCCUUGGACACCGUGGCCGACUACGAGAUGGAAGACAGGGAUGGUAUUGAAGUCCUAUUCAAGUGA